AUGAGUGUCGAAAGUGUCAUUUUGAUCGGCCCAGAGGGGUCCGGCAAGUCCACAAUCGGCAAAAUCAUCGCCACGACGCUCUCAAAAGAGCUGUAUAGCAUUGACCGCCACCGCGAUGAACUCUACCCACCAUUUGGCUACGAUAAAGCCUUUGCGGAAAAGAUAUAUGAAGAGCAGGGUCUAUGGCCGUUUUACCAACAUUGGAAAAUCUUCGAGUACCAAGCUGUUUCACACAUCUUGCAAAACGCCAGUAGAGAGGGCGAAGAGUUUUACGGCAAGAUUAUCGACUUCGGAGCUGGACAUUCGGUAUAUGAGAAUCCAGAAGAAUUGGAAAAGAUUGAGGCUUUGAUGAAACCCUAUCCGAACGUUAUCUUGUUGGUGCCCUGUGAAGAUGUGGAAGAAGCCUUGAAGAUUACAGAGGCUCGCAGAAACCGCAAACUGGGCCUCAACAAACACUUUCUGGAGCAUCCAAGCAAUAAACGACUUGCAAAAUACACCAUUUACACCAAAGACAAGACGGCAGAGGAAUGUGCUGAGAGUGUAUUGCAAAUCAUAAGAGGGAAUAUUCAGCAGGUGGCAAGGCCAAAUUAGAAGAUGCUUUUGCAGGC